GUAGUAAACACAAUAUAUCAUUCAUAAUCGAUUUGUAGCUUGGCGUGGUGCUCACCUUCAAACUCCGGUUGCUUGGGCCUCUGGCUCAACUGCACCACUAGCCAGAGGCAACACGGUGCUACACCAGCAGUUGCCAAUGGCAUCGUCCUUGGUUUUACGUGAACUGGAGUGGAAACACGGAACAGACUUCCUUUGCCUCGGAAGCUUUGAGGCGACGACUCGAGCACAACGCCCGUAGCGGCGCUCAGUGCAUUCCCUGAGAGCUGGAGCACGAUCGACUGGGAAUUUCUUAUCAAAUCAAUCCAUCGCACACAAUGUAGUACUCUAAAUUUACCUACGGUAGCUACUUGGCUCAGCUUUUUACUCCUUAUCCAUUUCUCUCAUGACAAUAUGAGCAAUAUCCAUGAUAAUUAGCAUACUCCCAUAGGGCAUAAACGGCCGGAAGGCUGGUUUGGACAUGAGAGCUCCCAUGCUGACGGCACCCGAGAUGACAAUUUCUCCAGCUUCACCCGGAUCCAAUGUUGUACGUAAUCCAUAUUUGACAACAUGGAAACCUCCGAAAAAGGCACCAAAGACGGAACCUAAAAAAGAAACAAACCAAACCAAAACGAGUGAGGAAGCAGUAAAACUCAACAUAGACGAACACAAGUUGCCAAACCGUCCAUCUCCACGACAGCAGAACAAUACAGUAUGUAUCUCACCUGAUCGAGUAGUUCCUUGCAUGAGAUAGCGAAACUUGGCCAUGUUGGAUGCCUUUUGCAGAACAUCCGACUGUCCUGCCGUUCUCAUUCCAUCCAUGAAUCCAAAGACACAUCCCGUGAUACUCCCAAUACAGGCACCAAAUGCCGCUUGUCGCAAGAGCUCCAUGUGCGAGUAUGGCACUUUGGUCGACUUUGCGGCGUUAGUGGUAGCAUCGUCAGUGGUGGUGGUGGUACUAGGAAUGGCAGGAUUUCGUUCUUGCAGUGACAAUUCCGUUUGUUGCGUUUCCCGUUGGAGCUCGCGAAAAAGCCGUUCCUUUUGGCCGUCCAAAUCGGCUCCAUCUUGAGGGAUCCUGGACCAAGGAAUGAAGCGUGCUCGAUCCCAACUAGACAUGAUGAUUGAUUCGAUUCGAAGUGUAUUGCUGGUCGGACAGGGACAAAACGAAGGGAGGUUUGUGGUGGUUGUUGUGUGUUGUGUUGUUGUUCUGGUUGAUGGCUGGGACUCGGAGGCAACGUCACCAACUCGUGACCAAAAAGUUCCUUUGCAAUGCUGUGAGGCGAUUUGGGCAGCUUUGACAGCCUACAUCCAUGUCGUUUUGUUUCGGGGGAUAGGAACCGGUACCAGCGGCACGGUGGACAAGUCGUACUCAGAGUAGCCUUUAAAAAAUAGACUUCAACUAUCAGCAGUUUUGUUUCAUGUGACAGCGCAGCUUGUGUGCUCUGUGUGAUCAGAGGACCUUUGCUUGCUUGGCGGGACACGUGCGCGGUGGCUUUUGGUCUUCACUGGAUCACACAAAGAUCAUUUUUCGCAGCGGUGCAGCAGAUCAACAUCGUUCAUCUGCAAUAAGCGGAAGAACAAGAUGCCGAAUCCAACUUCUAGAAUGAGGAUCCCGUAUCUUGCUAUUGUACUAUCUCUUCUUUCAGUCAGUGCUCGUAAUCACAUUCGGUCUCACAAUCGAAAUCUUGAUUUUGAUUCCAAUGCUGUUAGUGGUGGUACCAAUGAAGUUGAUCUGAAUGAUCCAAACAUUCGGGGUGGCGGUGAUGCUGGUACUGUUCCUUGGUUUGUCCGCCUGGAAGGAUCCAGUGUGUGUGGUGGAUCUUUGAUUCACGAUGACUGUGUCUUGACUUCAGCAUCCUGUGUGAAUUCUGGCUUUCCCUCCACAGUUUUGGUUGGCCCAACCUCUUCAAGCAAUGGUACCUCAUAUACUGUAUCAGGAGGAACAAUCCAUCCCUCAUGGACAGGGACUCCUGAUGCCAACAGAGACAUCAAUUUGGCAGUUUUGAAACUGGCAACAACUUCUUCCAAUUCCAAAGUCACCCUCAACAGUGACAGUGCUGUUCCGUCAGGAACUGAUACUAUGCAGAUAUUUGGAUUUGGACUUAUCAACAACGCAGAAUAUGCCAGUUCCUUGCAACAAGCUUUUGUACCACACAUUGCAGAUUGUGCAUCCAGCUAUUCCAGCUACAAUGCCACACAAACUAUUUGUGCUGAUGCCACUUCUGGUGCUACCUGUACAGGUGAUUCAGGGGGACCAGUGCUGGGAGCUGAUUUGCUGACUCAGGUUGGAGUGGCUUCCUUUGGUGUGGGAGCAACUUGUACUGGACGUACUGUGGUUGGAUUUGUACGAAUCAGCCAUGUCUAUGACUGGAUCCAGAAUGAAAUCUGUGCAUUGUCAUCGAGCCCGCCAACCAGUUGUGCUGCGCCAACCAGAGCACCCACAAGGGCACCCACGAGAGCCCCAACCAGAGCCCCAACAAAGUCACCGACUAAGGCACCAACAAAAGCACCAACAAAAGCACCGACCAAGGCACCCACUAAAGCACCCACCAAGGCACCCACAAAAGCACCUACAAAAGCACCCUACAAAGCUCCAUCCACCACAGCUCCAUCCACCACAGCUCCAUCGUUAGCUCCAUCGUUAGCUCCAUCGUUAGCUCCAUCCUUAGCUCCAUCACCAGGCCGAACUUCACCCCCAACACCCAUCCCGACCCCAAGGCCCACCCCAAGGCCGGCCCCAACACCCGUUCCUAGUGGCUUUCCUACUCCGUUUCCUACACCAGAACCCACCGCCAAUACGGCAGUCAUUCCUUGCUUCCUUGGUUCAGAUCUGGUGUUUCAUGUUACCCACACAAUCGAAGAAGGUCUGGUAGCAAUCCAAAAGUUGAUUGGUGGCUAAUCUUGAGUGAUUGAUUGGCUAUACGGUCUGUCAGAAACUCAAGUUGGUGAAUCAACCCAAGAGAAUCAAGGAAAUGAGACAAGGCAUGUUUGGUAUCAAUCGAUUUGGUAGAGGCAAAGAAAGCAAGCGUUAGAAUAUUUCUACAAAACUAGCUAGUAUGAUGCAGCAAAACUUCCCCAGUUGGCUGCCUCGGUAAGUUGUUGAGAAAGAGCUAUACACACUUGUAAGGUCACGUAAGGUACCGUAAGGUAAACAGUAAUGGAUAGAGAAAACAAUGCAAUCACAAAAAAAAAACGAGACAAUUGACAG